UUUGAUAGGGUGGUCAAGAUGGAAAUGCCAGCAAGGAGGCUACUACGGGCAACAGACGCUAAAGGGAACUCCAUUCUGCAUUUGGUAGGAAAGAAAGGAAAACGAUAUGUCUCGAGAAAAUCACGAUCCCCUGCAAUCCAAUUGCAAGAGGAGUUGCUCUUGUUUGAGCGUGUGAAGGAAUACUCUAGAUCCCAUUUCCUCAAGGUCUUCAACCAUAACAACCAGACUGCAGAUGAAUUAUUUGCUUCCAACUACUGUGAACUUCAUGAGGAAGCCAAAGAAUGGCUGAAGCGCACCGCUGAAAACUGCACCAUUGUGGCUGUUCUUAUUGCUACCGUUGCCUUUGCUGCAGCCUACACUAUACCAGGAGGACCAAAUCAAAGCACUGGUAUCCCACUCCUCCUUUCUCAACCAUUCUUCGUGGUUUUCACCCUGGCGGAUGUAAUCUCCCUCACUUACGCCUUGACAUCUGUCAUCACAUUUCUCUCAAUCCUCACAUCUCCAUUUCAGUUACAAGACUUCAAGAAGUCUCUUCUUCAAAAGCUGAUGCUCGGUUUUACGUUUUUAAUCCUUUCCGUGUCGAUGAUGAUGGUGGCAUUUGGUGCAACAGUCAUCCUUAUGAUACAGAAUAAGGAAAGGUGGACCAAAAUUGUCCUAUACUCGGUUGCAUUCCUCCCAGUUAUUAUUUUUGCGCUCUCAUAUUCCCCGCUAUAUUAUAGACUCCUGAAAGCUUGCACUGGUCUGCUCAAUCUUGCACUUGAGCUUUGCCCCAGGUGUACUUGUGUUUCUCCACCAUCAUGGACAACCAAGUUUUUCAACCGCGGAGAAUCCAAGCCCAACCGCCCUCAAUCUCAAACAUUCAGUUCCAAAUGCCCUUCUACAUUUCAAACCACUGAUUCUUCAGUUUGAAAGGCCGAUGAGGACCUAUGUAUGUAUGUAUGAGUGAUUUGAAUGCUUCUUUCUCAUUUAUUUGCUUAGAACUGAUUGUACAAAUGUUAUGUAAUAAGUGAACCGGUAGUUGAUGAUAUUUUAACAAAUGGAAAAAAUGAAAUGGAAGGUUUUAAUAAA